CUCCCAGCCAAGAACCUCGGGGCCGCUUCGCGGUGGGGAGGAGUUCCCCGAAACCCGGCCGCUAAGCGAGGCCUCCUCCUCCCGCAGAUCCGAACGGCCUGGGCGGGGUCACCACGGCUGGGACAAGAAGCCGCCGCCUGCCUGCCCGGGCCCGGGGAGGGGGCUGGGGCUGGGGCCGGAGGCGGGGUGUGAGUGGGUGUGUGCGGGGGGCGGAGGCUUGAUGCAAUCCCGAUAAGAAAUGCUCGGGUGUCUUGGGCACCUACCCGCGGGGCCCGUAAGGCGCUACUAUAUAAGGCUGCCGACCCGGAGCCGCCGCGCCGUCAGAGCAGGAGCGCUGCGUCCAGGAUCUAGGGCCUCGACCAUCCCAACCCGGCACUCACAGCCCCGCAGCGCAUCCCGGUCGCCGCCCAGCCUCCCGCACCCCUAUCGCCGGAGCUGCGCCGAGAGCCCCAGGGAGGUGCCAUGCGGAGCGAGUGUGUGGUGGUCCACGCCUGGAUCCUGGCCGGCCUCUGGCUGGCAGUGGCCGGGCGCCCCCUCGCCUUUUCGGACGCGGGGCCCCACGUGCACUACGGCUGGGGCGACCCCAUCCGUCUGCGGCACCUGUACACCUCCGGCCCCCACGGGCUCUCCAGCUGCUUCCUGCGCAUCCGUGCCGACGGCGUCGUGGACUGCGCGCGGGGCCAGAGCGCGCACAGUUUGCUGGAGAUCAAGGCAGUCGCUCUGCGGACCGUGGCCAUAAAGGGCGUGCACAGCGUGCGGUACCUCUGCAUGGGCGCCGACGGCAAGAUGCAGGGGCUGCUUCAGUAUUCGGAGGAAGACUGUGCUUUCGAGGAGGAGAUCCGCCCAGAUGGCUACAAUGUGUACCGAUCCGAGAAGCACCGCCUCCCCGUCUCCCUGAGCAGUGCCAAACAGCGGCAGCUGUAUAAGAACAGAGGCUUUCUUCCACUCUCUCAUUUCCUGCCCAUGCUGCCCAUGGUCCCAGAGGAGCCUGAGGACCUCAGGGGCCACUUGGAAUCUGACAUGUUCUCUUCGCCCCUGGAGACCGACAGCAUGGACCCAUUUGGGCUUGUCACCGGACUGGAGGCCGUGAGGAGUCCCAGCUUUGAGAAAUAACUGAGGCCGUGCCGGGGCCUCUUCACUGCUGCCAGGGGCUGUGGUCCCUGCAGAGUGGGGGCCGUGCUUCUACAAGAACAGUCCUGAGUCCACGUUCUGUUUAGCUUUAGGAAGAAACAUCUAGAAGUUGUACAUAUACAGAGUUUUCCAUUGGCAGUGCCAGUUUCUAGCCAAUAGACUUGUCUGAUCAUAACAUUGUAAGCCUCUAGCUUUCCCAGCUGCUGCCCGGGCCCCCAUUCUGUUCCCUCGAGGUUGCUGGACAAGCUGCUGUGCUGUCUCAGUCCUGCUUGAAUACCUCCAUCGAUGGGGAACUCAUUUCCUUUGGAAAAAUUCUUAUGUCAAACUGAAAUUCUCUAAUUUUUUCUCAUCACUUCCCCAGGAGCAGCCAGAAGACAGGCAGUGGUUUUAAUUUCAGGAACAGGUGAUCCACUCUGUAAAACAGCAGGUAAAUUUCACUCAACCCCAUGUGGGAAUUGAUCUAUAUCUCUACUUCCAGGGACCGUUUGCCCUUCCCAAACCCCUCCAGGCCAGAACUGACUGGAGCAGGCAUGGCCCACCAGGCUUCAGGAGUAGGGGAAGCCUGGAGCCCCACUCCAGCCCUGGGACAACUUGAGAAUUCCCCCUGAGGCCAGUUCUGCCAUGGAUGCUGUCCUGAGAAUAACUUGCUGUCCCCGGUGUCACCUGCUUCCAUCCCCCAGCCCACCAGCCCUUUGCCCACCUCACAUGCCUCCCCAUGGAUUGGGGUCUCCCAGACCCCCCACCUUAUGUCAACCUGCACUUGUCAUUCAAAAAUCAAGAAAAGAAAAGAUUUGAAGACCCCAAGUCUUGUCAAUAACUUGCGGUGUGGAAGCAGCGGGGGAAGACUUAGAACCCUUUCCCCAGCACUUGGUUUUCCAACAUGAUAUUUAUGAGUAAUUUAUUUUGAUAUGUACAUCUCUUAUUUUCUUACAUUAUUUAUGCCCCCAAAUUAUAUUUAUGUAUGUAAGUGAGGUUUGUUUUGUACAUUAAAACGGAGUUUGUUUGUAUCAAAA